AUGGCGUCCGCCUCUGAGCAGGCGUCCGUCAGCGAGCAGAUCCGCCAGCUCAACGACGCACGCAAGCUCGUCCUCGGCGACGUCAAAUACUACCCCAACGUCGUCCAGAGCAUCCUUCCGAUCGUCGGGCCCGCCGCGCGCGUCGAAUUACGAAGAUGGGGCGCCGACUUUCUGGCAGAGGCCUUUGCGACGCCCGCCCUGCCCGGCAGCGAGAAGGAGACGAUGCAGCUUUUCGUGCUGGACACGCUGCAGACCAUGGUCGACAACCCCAACGAGGACGCGCAUGUUCUGCGCAGCGCCAUACAAACUGCAGCUAGCAUCUACCCGUACGCGAUGCGAUGGAUUAUCAACAACUCGUACGACACCGUCACAUGGGAGCGGAUGGUCGCGAUCAAGAAGCGCAUUCUCAGGAUAUGGGAUGAUGCUGAGCCUACAGUGCGGAUAUGCUGCAUCAAGUUUGCGCAGCGAGUUGUACUGGCGCAAUCAGCUGCCAACCCACAGGAACCCAGACGUGGUGACUCUCUGGACAUUUCUUUAGACAAGAUUCCGCCAAAUCAUUCGACUCUCGACCCUAGAACGCUCGACGCCGAAGGAGCUGGACUUUUGGACAGAAUGCUGAGUGUGUUGCAGGAGAACAGCAGUGAUGUCCUCAUUGUUGAUGCCACCCUCAACUGCUUGUCUGUCUUGAUCCGCACCCGGCCUGGCACUGCCAACAGGAUCCUGAAUGCCGUGCUCAACUUCAACCCACUGAAGCUCGCAAACUCGCCCAUGACUCCCAAAACCCGCGUAAUGGUCAAGUCCAUGGAGAAGACCACCCGUAUGCUCUUGAUCCAUCUGUGCAAACGCGAUCCCCACAACCCCAUGGCGCCUCGCAUCCAGCAGCAUGUUGAGAGAAUGAUGCGCAUGCGCAACGAGAUCUUCGACGAGGCCGGUCGGAAGCGGGCCUACGAAGCCCAGCAUCACGACGGCAUGGAGGCGAAACGUCAACGAAUGGUGCCUCAAGUCUCGAACGUACCACAAAUACAGAUUACGCCUCUGCCACCCGGCCCUCACAGCCUGGGUGAUGUCUUUACUCUGACGGGUAGUGAAGGCCUGAAGGCUUUCAAUGUGGCGACUUUGCCUACUGCAAUGGCAGCCAAGAUCAGCAUCACCACCCUGCUGCGAACAGAUCAACAACUCCUCGCCAAAGCCGUAGAGGGCAUCCGAGGACGACUGAACGCGUUGGCUGCUCAACCGCCGCCAGCCAUUAACCCAGAAACUGCUCCCUUGGGCGUUGAAGAGGACGAUGACGACUAUGAGCCGGACUUCUCCGCAGCCGAGGAUAACGAGCAGAUUCUGAACAAGCUUGAUAAUGAUAGCGUCACCAAGCUAGAUGACGGAGACUUUGGUUUGAGGUCGUUCAAGUUGCCACCUCCCCCAGCGCUCACACCAGAGCUGGCGCUCAGUGCGGGUCAAGGCUCUGUGAUGUCUCUAUUCCAGUUCGUGAAAACGCUGGAAGACCCCGCCAAGAAACCCAAGUCCGGUAUCAACCGGUUAGCGGCCAGUAGCAAUGAUCGUGAAUCAUGGAUCGCCAUCAUCACGCGUCUGGCAAGUCGGUCGUCGGCAGGCAUGGAGGAGGUGGACGUCAAGGGCGAGGGCAGCAGCUCCGCAGCUCGGCUGUCCCUCAGCAACAGCAUCAGAGAUUCUCUAUACACCUACGUCCUCGAGGACUUCCGUCGCCGGAUCGACGUAGCAAUCACCUGGCUGACGGAGGAGUGGUACAACGACCAGCUUCAGAAGAAGCAAGAGGGCGACCACCCUCUGCACUACGAGAAGUGGGCGCUGAAGCUGAUCGACGGCUUCUCGCAAUACCUCACCGCCCAGGACAAGGUACUUACACGCUUCCUGGGCGAGAUCCCGGAGCUCAGCCCGGCCAUCCUCGCCCGCGUCAAGACUAUGUGUCGAGACCCGCUGGUCGUCCCGCUGGCGUUGACGAGUUUGUUGUAUCUUGUCAUGAUGCGGCCGCCUGUCAAGGAGCUCGCUCUAGAUACGGUCCAGGACAUCUGGACAGAGUUCGAGGACGCGCGACCGUUGGCCGCCAAGUAUCUGGUCAAGUUUCGCCCGGCCUUCCUGGAGGCCGCCAAGGCUAAGGCCGACGCGGAGAGCAGCAACAACAACAAUGCCGCCGCGGCAACCAACAACACGGCGAUCGCAACAUGA